AUGGAGCGUCCUUCCUUCGCUAUCCUCCCUCCGGAGCUGCGUUACAAGAUAUAUCUAUUCGCCACACCACCCCGUUAUGUCUACCUUCGAGGCCACGGUGACCCUGCCGAAGACCUUGAUGAGUCCCUACCCGUUCCCUCGAAUGUCUCUGCUUCACCAUCAACCCUUGGACCCUAUAGCACUCCCGACGAAAGGGUGUACUUUACCAGCGCGACCCAAAUACCACCCCUCCUGCACACAUGUCGCGAAUCCCGUGACUAUUUGAUGGGUCAAGGCUACGAGCUCACCUUCGCGGCACGAAAGUGUAAGCAACGGACAUGGUUCAACUACAAGAAGGACAUCCUGAUAGUUCCUGUCUUGCCCAAGGGAAGACAAGCAUAG